GACCCGACAAUUCAAUACGAGACGCGUUUACCUUGACCUUGACUUUUCGUCGUCGCAAAACCAACCUCUGUUUCACGCUAUCUACAGUAGUCACUACUAGUCACCGAGAGAGAACAAAAAAUCAAAUUUGUUUCAUAUAUCAGAAUUUUCCCAAAGCUUGAUGAGAAGAAGAAACACAAAUCAAGAAACCCCAGUAAUGUCUUAUUACGCCUCUUUCUUCUUCCUUUUCCUCUUCUCCUUUCUCACUAGUUUCAGAGUUUCUGCUCAAGAUCCCACUUACGUAUAUCACAUCUGUUCAAAUACGGCAAAUUACUCGAGUAACAGCCUUUACAACACCAAUCUCAGAACCCUUUUGGCUUCUCUUUCUUCCCGCAACGCUUCCUACUCCACCGGCUUCCAAAACGCCACCGUCGGGCAAGCUCCAGACAGAGUCACCGGACUUUUUAAUUGCCGUGGAGAUCUCUCGACAGAAGUUUGCCUUUGUCGUCGCUGCGUCACCUUUGCUGUAAACGACACCUUAAGUCGGUGUUCGAAUGAGAAAGAGGUCACAAUCUACUACGACCAGUGUAUGCUCAGAUACUCUAACGGGAACAUACUCUCAACCCUAAGCACCGGUGGAGGAGUGUUUAUGUGGAACCCCCAGAAUGUUACAUCUAACCAACUAGACCAAUUCAGAGAUUUGGUCGGGACCACGAUGAACCAAGCCGCCGCUGAAGCUGCCAGCAAUUCCAGAAAAUUUGAUGCCAGAAAAGCCAACUUCACUGCGUUGCAGAAAUUGUACGGACUGGUUCAGUGCACUCCUGAUCUGACGAGACAAGACUGUUUGAGUUGUCUUCAACAGAGCAUCAAUCAAUUGCCCACUGAUAAAAUUGGGGGAAGAUUUAUGAUGCAGAGCUGUAGUUCAAGAUUCGAGCUUUACGCGUUUUACAACGAAUCCGCCAUUACUACACCUUCACCACCACCUCCACCGCCGGUUUCUACUCCUCCGGUGUCUGCUCCUCCUCGACCUGGGAAAGGUGGGAAUUCAACUGUAUUAGUGAUAGCCAUUGUUGUGCCUAUUAUAGUGGCUGUUCUGCUUUUCAUCGUUGGUUAUUGUUUCAUUGCAAAAAGGGCAAAGAAGACUUAUGACACAACAUCUGCAUUUGAUGGAGAUGAUAUUACAACUGCAGACUCACUGCAGCUUGAUUAUAGAAAAAUUCAAACUGCAACAGAUGAUUUUGCAGAGAGUAAUAAGAUUGGUCAAGGUGGAUUUGGUGAGGUUUACAAGGGUACUUUAUCGGAUGGGACUGAAGUUGCGGUGAAGAGACUAUCAAAGUUAUCAGGACAAGGUGAAGCAGAGUUCAAGAACGAGGUUGUUCUUGUUGCAAAGCUACAGCAUAGAAAUCUGGUUAGACUUCUCGGGUUUUGUCUAGACGGAGAAGAAAGGGUAUUAGUCUACGAGUAUGUACCCAACAAAAGUCUGGAUUACUUCCUCUUUGACCCUGCAAAGCAGAGUCAGUUGGAUUGGACUCGGCGAUACAAGAUUAUUGGUGGAGUUGCUCGAGGGAUUUUGUAUCUUCAUCAAGAUUCACGACUCACAAUCAUACACCGGGACCUCAAAGCCAGUAACAUUCUCUUGGAUGCGGAUAUGAAUCCUAAAAUUGCAGAUUUUGGAAUGGCUAGGAUCUUUGGAUUGGACCAAACCCAAGAGAACACAAGCAGAAUAGUUGGUACCUAUGGUUACAUGUCUCCCGAGUAUGCAAUGCAUGGUCAGUACUCAAUGAAAUCUGAUGUCUAUAGCUUCGGAGUGUUAGUUCUUGAGAUUAUAAGUGGCAAGAAGAAUAGCAGCUUCUACCAAACAGACGGUGCACAUGACUUGGUCUCAUAUGCUUGGGGGCUUUGGAGUAACGGAAGACCAUUAGAACUCGUGGAUCCAGCUAUUGUAGAUAAUUGCCAAAGGAGUGAAGUUGUUCGAUGUGUCCAUAUCGGUCUUUUAUGUGUUCAAGAAGAUCCUGCUGAGCGUCCGACGUUGUCAACCAUUGUUCUGAUGCUCACUAGUAAUACUGUGACUUUACCCGUGCCACGGCAACCAGGUCUUUUCUUUCAGAGUAGAAUUGGAAAAGACCCGCUUGAUACAGAUACAACGAGCAAAUCUCUUCUAGGGUCUGUUGACGAUGCAUCCAUCACAGAUGUAUAUCCUCGAUGAAGAUGAGUACCUUCAUACCUGAUUCCUGAAUCUAUUGGUAUUGAAAAUAAGUUAAAAACUUCUUUUGUAGCAGAACGUUUGUAUUGUAAUUGUAACCACAAGCAAGUAUAAGAUAAUUACAACCUCCAAA